UUUCCAUAGAGGUCUCUUAAGAAUUGAUUGCGAUGCAGAUCCCUCUAGUGGUCACUGUUUAAGACAUGACCACAUAACCUUCCUUGUAUAUUUUGUAUCAGUUAUUUCGUGUUCGUGCGUGCUGUUGAUCUAACCAAGCUCAUUGCCAAAUAAUUUGUGCCUGACGAAAUUGGUUUAAUUUUUGGAUAAAAUGUCGGAUUCAGAAGCGAGUAAUCUUUCCGACAACGAAAGCGAUCGCGGCGGCGGUGGCAGUGAAAGUGAUCAAGAAGAAAAUCGUUCAGUGAAGUCCGCAGCUGGCAGUGAUGCUGGCAGCGUCGGAGAACGAUCUCGUAGCGUUUCCCGCAGUAGAAGCCCGUCUAGAUCGCGAUCUAGAAGUCCAUCUAGAUCACGAUCACGAUCUCGAUCGGCAUCUGGCUCAGACGAUGGUAGAGGGGAUGAAGCAGAAGAAGCGAGAUCUGGGGAUGAAGAACUCGUGGAACCCGAAGAAGAACCAGAAGGAGAAGAUUUGGAUGGAAGCAGCGAAUAUGAUGAAGAAGAGGAAGAAGAAGAUGAUGAUAGACCUAGAAAGAAGAAGAAGAAAGAUAAAUAUGGUGGUUUUAUCAUAGAUGAGGCUGAGGUAGAUGAUGAAGUAGAAGACGAUGAUGAAUGGGAGGAGGGAGCUCAAGAAAUUGGUAUUGUGGGGAAUGAAGUAGAUGAAUUGGGUCCUACUGCUAGGGAAAUUGAAGGAAGACGAAGAGGUACCAGUCUAUGGGAUUCUCAGAAAGAAGAUGAAAUCGAAGAAUAUUUAAGAAAAAAAUAUGCAGAUGAGUCUGUGGCAGCCCGUCAUUUUGGAGAUGGCGGUGAAGAGAUGAGUGAUGAAAUUACUCAACAAACUUUAUUGCCAGGUGUGAAGGAUCCAAAUUUGUGGAUGGUAAAAUGCCGUAUUGGAGAAGAGAAGGCAACUGUCCUUCUACUAAUGCGGAAGUUCAUAACAUAUCAGUUAUCAAAUGAACCUCUUCAGAUAAAGUCAGUUGUUGCACCUGAAGGUGUAAAGGGUUAUAUUUAUAUUGAGGCAUACAAACAACCACAUGUAAAAGCUGCAAUUGAGAAUGUAGGAAAUUUAAGAAUGGGUAUUUGGAAACAACAAAUGGUUCCCAUUAAAGAAAUGACUGAUGUAUUACGUGUAGUUAAAGAACAGACAGGUUUAAAAGCAAAGCAAUGGGUUAGGCUAAAAAGGGGCAUUUAUAAAGAUGACAUAGCUCAGGUUGAUUAUGUUGAUUUGGCGCAGAAUCAAGUUCAUUUGAAACUGUUACCUAGAAUUGACUACACUAGACCACGUGGAGCUUUGAGAACAGCGCAAAGUGAAUCUGAAGCUCUUAAACGGAAAAAGAAAAGAAGACCACCAGCUAAACCAUUUGAUCCAGAAGCUAUUCGAGCUAUUGGUGGUGAAGUUACCAGCGAUGGUGAUUAUUUGAUAUUCGAGGGCAAUAGAUACAGUAGAAAAGGAUUUUUGUACAAAAACUUCACAACAAGUGCUAUUAUCUCGGAAGGUGUGAAACCAACUCUUUCAGAAUUAGAAAGAUUUGAAGAAGCUCCUGAAGGUGUCGAAAUCGAUUUAAGUGGAGGUCCAGUGUCCGGGAACAAAGAGGAUACUGCUGUGACUCAUUCCUUCAGCACUGGCGACAAUGUCGAAGUGUGCGAGGGUGAAUUGAUAAACUUGCAAGGAAAAAUUGUUUCAAUAGAUGGAAACAUGAUAAUGGUUAUGCCAAAGCACGAAGAAUUAAAGGAAGCACUAGAAUUUCAAGCAUCGGAGUUACGAAAAUACUUUACUAUGGGAGAUCACGUUAAAGUUGUUGCAGGAAGAUACGAAGGAGACACUGGCCUGAUCGUUCGAGUAGAACAAAAUAGAGUAGUUUUAUUUUCUGAUCUUUCAAUGCACGAACUUGAAGUCCUUCCCAGGGAUUUACAACUCUGUUCUGACAUGGCCACUGGUGUUGAUAGCUUAGGUCAAUUCCAGUGGGGCGAUUUAGUUCAGUUAGACGCACAAACGGUAGGUGUGAUAGUUCGUCUCGAGCGAGAAAACUUCCACGUCCUAUCCAUGCAUGGAAAAGUAAUAGAGGCUAGACCACAAGGUUUAACGAAACGACGGGAAAACAGAAACGCAGUAGCAUUAGACUCUCAACAGAAUACAAUACAGAAGAAGGAUAUUGUUAAAGUGGUGGACGGCCCUCAUGCUGGAAGGGGUGGCGAGAUUAAACAUUUAUAUAGAAGUUUCGCAUUUCUACACUCGAGAAUGUUCGUGGACAAUGGUGGAAUAUUCGUUUGUAAAACGAGACACUUGCAACUUUCUGGGGGAAACAAAUCGAGCAUGAAUUCUAUGGCCCCAGUGACUGGAUUUAUGUCACCGAGAAUUGCAUCGCCAAUGCAUCCUAGCGGAGGCGGUUUUGGAAGAGGUGGUGGUGGUGGUGGUGGUAGAGGUAGAAGCCGCGGAGGAGCAGCUCGUCGAGAUAGGGAACUGAUAGGUACCACCAUAAAAAUUACCGGUGGACCAUACAAAGGAAACGUUGGAAUUGUGAAGGAUGCCACGGAGACAACAGCACGUGUAGAAUUGCAUUCCACCUGUCAGACUAUCUCUGUAGACAGGUCACAUAUUGCGAAUGUCAGUGUGCCGACCAAAGAUGGCGGUUUCAGCAGCUACAACAGAACACCGGCUUAUGGUGCCGGCGGGCAGACUCCAAUGUAUGCCAGAGAUGGAUCGAAGACACCCAUGCAUGGUUCACAGACGCCUAUGUAUGAGAAUGGCUCUCGUACACCGCAUUAUGGCUCGAUGACACCCUCCCACGAUGGUUCACGCACACCAGGACAGUCAGGUGCCUGGGACCCGGCAGUUACUAACACGCCCGCAAGAACAAAUGACUUUGAUGGUUAUAGCAUGGAGGAGGGUGGAUCUCCUGGUUAUGCCCCAGGAUAUCCUCCCACUGGUGGCCCAUUUACGCCACAGACACCUGGCACAAUGUAUGGUUCGGAACAAAGUUUCAGCUCGUAUCAACCGAGUCCUAGUCCAGCUGGAAGUGCGACUGCUAGUCCCAGUCCUGCAGGCUAUGUUGCUACUCCUUCACCUAGUGGUACUGGAUAUACCACCAGUCCACAUGGAGCAUUCGCCACUCCUUCCCCAAUGGGCUAUAGUCCAAUGACACCUGGAGUCGCUGGUAGUCCAUAUAAUCCACAAACACCAGGUGCAGGUUUAGACACCAGUGUCGGGUCCGGCAUCAUAGGAGGGACUGAAUGGCACACUACAGAUAUUGAGGUUAGGAUUCGGGACACUCAUCAGGAUCCUGCACUUGCUGGCCAACAGGGCGUUAUUCGAGGAUUAUCUGGAGGUAUGUGCGCCGUUUUCCUCCCGGUUGAAGACAGAGUUGUGAACCUGGUCUGCGAAGAAUUAGAACCAGUGGUCCCUUCACGAGGCGACAGAGUCAAGGUCAUCAUCGGUGAGGACAGAGAAGCCGUUGGCACGCUACUCUCCAUUGAUAAUCAAGAAGGUGUGGUGAAACUGAACAAGGAUGAAGUAAAGAUGUUACACCUGCGAUUCUUAUGUAAAAUGAAACCAUCAAAUACGUAAUUGUCCAUUCCAAGAUUAGAGACUUUGUUAACUAUAAUCUUUUCGCGGUUUACCGCUCCAUUAUGUUUACGUAGUAUGCGAAUUAUGUAAAAUAAAUACAUAUUAUAAUUGUAAAAAAUAGCAAACCUUUUUCUGCAGUAACUACAAGGACACAGAUGUAAUUUUAAGCGUUCUAAGAGAAUAAUAAAGCUUAUGAACUGUUUUAUAUAAAAUACAAUGGUUAUUUUGUGACGAAGUUGGGUGUAAUGUCAAAUGAAAUUUAGUAGAAUAAAAGAUGAAUCG